AUGUGGGAACAACAUCAGUUUUUAAUGUACCAAUGUCUUUCACUUCCAUUUGCAUUUUUGUUUUAUUUUCUUUCUAAACGGGGAUAUCUGUCCUUGACGUACAGGUACCUGUGUGUUUCUAUCGUAGGAUGUGUCCUGGCUAUUCUCACCAUGGGCGUCUAUAGUGCGUUUCUCUUCACCUCCGCCUUUGUCUUUAUUCUGCUUGUUCUCUCCGUGGAUCCCAACUGUAUCCACAUCUGGGUGUUUGGUGUUCAGAUGUCGUGGCAAACCUUCUGGCACCUGCUUAUACAGUACAGGGAAUACUACCUGCACGAGCCUGUCGACAUCAGGUUGUUUUUGGCUGUGUCCUCUUUGAUGCUUCUCACCCAGAGGAUCACCUCAGUAUCCAUGGACAUCCAGGAGAAAAAAGUUGUAUUUCUCUUAAAUGCUUCCACCCUAAAUAAGAUGAAUGUCAUUUUUCUGCCUCUAAUCAGUUACACCCUUAAUUUCACCACCCUGCUUGGUGGCCCUUUGUGCUCCUACAGUCAAUUUGUGUCCCUAAUGGAGGGUAUCAGGUUAAACCCUCCACCCAAUCCACUGGGUGUAGUCUCCUUUAAGUUGAUUCAGGUGUUAUUGCUAGGGUGGGUAAGAUAUUGUCUCGUUUAUUUUUUGAAACGUAAUGCUUAUGAUUCCUCCAGCUCUACUGCUCUUUAUGGCCUGCUAUGGGUUUGGGGUGUGGGACUUGCUUUGAGGAUAGAGUAUUACACCCACUGGAGGAUCAGUGAAUGCCUCAAUAACACAGCUGGGCUUGGAUUUUGUGAAAAUGUCAAGAGUGACACCCCAAACUGGAGCGGGAUAUGUGAUGGAGACUUCUGGGCCAUCGAGGCUUCAAUCCAUAUGUCUGAUUUUGCCCGUCGAUGGAACAGUACGACAGCUUUGUGGCUGCGUCGUUUGGUUUAUAUACGCUGCAAACAUUUCCAGUUAUUCAUGACUUUUGGUUUUUCACUGUGGUGGCAUGGUUUGCACUUGGGUCACUUUGUGGGGUUUCUGACCUGGGCAGCAACAGUCAAAGCAGACUAUUAUAUACACAGAUACAUGUUCCCAAAACUUUCAUCAAAAUGGAAACAACUGCUGUACAUCUGUUUAAGCUGGAUAAACACUCAAAUGAUUGUUACUUGUGUGGUUAUAGCAGUAGAAUUAAGAGAUAUGUCCGGUUUGAGACUUCUGUCUGUAACAUACGUGGGUCUGUUUCCACUUUGUAAUAUAAUUGUGCUCUUUAUUUUCUUAAAAGCCAGCACAGUUUAG